CUGUCUUUUCACUUAUUUGUGAUCGUCUUUCCCUCUCUUCCACCUGGGGCAAGAGCCUAAUCCUUAAGAAAGAAUCGAAAAUUCUCCAAUCACCAGCAGCAAAAACUAGUGGAGCCUGGAAAUACCUGAAUUUGUGCUAUAAUCUUCAUCAUGCCCACUUCAAUGACUCCUUCUCCUUGUUCCCUAAUCUCAAGCUCAACUCACUAUUCACUUCUCAAUCCAAUUACAAUAGCAAACUAUCCCAGAAAUUCAUCACCUCAUUCACAUCCCUACUACUCCUCUUGUAUAAUCACAUCUUCCAUCGAGAAGAAACCAACACCUUCGACAACUAAUAAUAAUACAAGUAAACCAACCUCAUGGGUUAGCCCAGAUUGGCUAACCAGUCUCACGAGGUCAUUCACCAUUGGCCAAAAUGAUGAUUCCAACAUCCCCAUUGCAAGUGCCAAGCUCGAGGAUGUGUCUGAGCUUUUGGGCGGUGCACUUUUUCUUCCGCUCUACAAAUGGAUGAAUGAGUAUGGCCCCAUUUAUCGAUUGGCUGCUGGGCCCAGAAACUUUGUUGUGGUCAGUGACCCUGCCAUUGCGAAGCACGUUUUGAGGAAUUAUGGCACCAAGUAUGCCAAGGGUCUUGUUGCUGAGGUUUCUGAGUUCUUGUUUGGUUCUGGCUUUGCCAUUGCUGAAGGCCCUCUCUGGACGGCAAGGCGCAGGGCUGUGGUUCCAUCACUCCACAAGAGAUACUUGUCAGUAAUAGUUGAUCGGGUCUUUUGCAGAUGUGCAGAGCGAUUGGUAGAGAAGCUACAGGCUGAUGCGGUUACUGGGUCUCCUGUAAACAUGGAGGAAAAAUUCUCGCAACUUACCCUUGAUGUUAUUGGAAUGGCUGUCUUCAACUAUAACUUUGAUUCCCUGACUACUGAUAGUCCAGUUAUUGAUGCAGUUUAUACUGCUUUAAAAGAAGCAGAGUUGCGUUCUACUGAUAUAUUGCCAUAUUGGAAGAUUGAAGCUCUAUGUAAGAUAGUCCCGAGACAAGUAAAGGCUGCCAAGGCAGUAACACUCAUCCAGGAAACUGUUGAACAACUCAUUGCCAAAUGCAGGGAGAUCGUAGAAACUGAGGGUGAAAGGAUAACUGAGGAGGAAUAUGUGAACGAUUCAGAUCCAAGCAUACUGCGGUUCUUGCUCGCCAGCAGAGAAGAGGUUUCAAGCACUCAACUGAGAGAUGAUCUUCUGUCAAUGUUAGUUGCUGGUCAUGAAACUACUGGUUCUGUGUUGACUUGGACUGUAUACUUGCUAAGUAAGUCACCAUCCUGUUUGAUAAAAGCACAAGAAGAAGUAGACAGAGUUUUAGAAGGUCGAGCUCCCACAUUCGAAGAUGUUAAAGACCUCAAGUUCUUGAUGCGCUGUAUCAAUGAGUCAAUGAGAUUGUACCCACAUCCUCCCGUCCUGCUAAGAAGAGCUCAAGUUGCUGAUGUACUUCCUGGAAAUUACAAGGUUAAUGCUGGUCAAGAUAUAAUGAUUUCGGUGUAUAAUAUCCAUCAUUCUCCACAGGUAUGGGAAAGCGCAGAAGAUUUUGUCCCGGAAAGAUUUGAUUUGGAAGGCCCAGUUCCUAAUGAAUCGAAUACCGACUUCAGAUUCAUCCCAUUCAGCGGAGGACCUAGAAAAUGUGUUGGGGAUCAGUUUGCUUUGCUGGAAGCAAUUGUUGCCCUUGCAGUGAUUCUGCAGCGCCUAGACUUUGAGUUGAUCCCAGACCAAAAUAUUAGCAUGACAACAGGAGCCACUAUACACACAACAAACGGUUUGUACAUGAAAGUGAGGCAAAGGCAAACAGCACCUUCAAUUGCUGCAAAUGUUGUUCAAUAAGAGGUAGCGUCGCAUAUAACCUAUAGCCAUCAAUUGCAUGGAAAAAGUCGAGCCCUCCAAUUCUGUAUAUGCAUUACUACGUGAACAUUCUUUCUGACACAGAAAUUUGUAAUUGAUAAUGUAGUCAUUUGGGUGCGAGAAGUUAAUCUCUAAUGUUGUCGCCCUCAGAAUCUGAACUGGCUGAUUUAUUGUGUACUUAAUAUUAGUCAUGUGCUCUUUGCUGUAUGCACUUAUUACUUCCACCAUUAUCAGAUAAUGCUGAAGUAAUAACAAUCAGCAAUUUCAUCCAUUGCCCUGCAGGACCACCUCUUUAGUGAAGUCCAUACGUUGGCCUGUUUUAAUCAAUUUUCCCCUUUAGAUUAAGACUUCAAAGCCCGAGAAUUCAUUACCU